CCACAGUGCGGGUUAUAAGGGGCGGCUGCCCCGGCCCGCACCACGGCGACUACCGUGGUCCGGACUCCCCACCAUGCCGCGCCGCGGGCCCGCCUCGGUGUUGCUGCUGCCGCUGCUGCUGGCGCUGCUGCUGGGGGCGGCCACAGCUGCUCCCCUGGCACCAAGACCCUCCAAGGAGCUGACCCGCUGUCUGGCAGAGAUGGUCACAGAGGUGCUGACGCUGGGACAGGCCCAGAGAGGACCCUGCACGGCUCUCCUCCACAAAGAGAUGUGUGAGACAGAGCCCUAUGGCUGUGUGUCCACCUUGGAGAAAGGCCCGCUGGUUGGGGAUUUCAAGAAGCGGGAGGCUGGGAAGACAAGGUCCAGCCAGGAGGUGAGGGACGAGGAAGAGGAGGAGGCAGCAGAGAGGACCCACGAGUCUGAGGUCCGGGAACAGGCCAUCCAUGAACAGCUCCGCAGUCGGCUCCACCAGGAACAGGCCAAGGAGGAAGAGGAGGAGGAAAAGAAGAGGAGGCCCGUGGAGACCUUCGGGGACCUGUGGAAGUGGCGUCUGGAGGGUGCAGGGGGUCCCCAGAAGCGGGUGACAGAGAAGGCCAGUGAUGAGGAGACAGCCCAGUUUGAGGCAGAGGAAAAGGGUGUGCAGGUGCUGGGCGGGGGCCACAGUCUGUGGCAGGGCGCUGAGAGGGGUGGAGGAGAGAGGCACGAGGACUUGCCACACCACCACCACCAGCUGGCAGCUGAGCCCAAGCAGGAGAAGGAAGAGGCUUCAGAAGGGGAGGAACAUGAGGUGGAGCAGCUGGAGCACAUGAGAGAUGAACUGAAGAAGGCCACGGAGAUGCUGGGGGAGGCGCUCAGGAGGGAGGGCUGACUUCUACCUCACCCCCUCCUUCUUCCCCACACCCUUACGGCUUAGGACUGUUGACCCCAAAGCCCCCACCUCACCUGGCACCCCACUGCACCCCCCAACCUGGCAGAGGUGGGGAGAAGGAUGUGCCUUAGAACCAAGCCUGAGGGGACAAGUCUGAGCUGGAUGGGGGCUGGGCUCAGACCUGAUUCAGGAAACACGCUCCAAUACACACCUAGCCCACUCCAACCCUUUUGAGUGAAUAAAGCACAAAGAAAACCA